AAUCGAGGCGUUAACGUCAACUCUGAAUCAGGAGGACUCGUUGCGGUUAACCCCUCAAUUAGAACUUAAGACUUGCCGUCUUUUCAUGAUCGGAGCUUUUAAUUCAGCGAUAAGAAGAAAAAUCAAUGGAGAAAUCGAUGCUUGUUAAGGAUGUUCAACAAUUCAAUGGAAAUCUCCCCCACUCUCUUUCUUCCGCCUCUCAAAGACAUGUAACGUACAGUUGCGGUUCUUGUGGGUAUGAGCUGAACUUAAGUUCCUCUAGUCGAAACACCGCAACAAUAGGCUCUAAGUACGGAAAAUCAAUGAAGCGAGGGAUUAUAUCAUUCUUUAGUAUAGAUGAGAGUAGAUUUACACAAGUUGAUGAGUUCCGAUGGGGUCCUUACUUUUCAAAGCAUUCAUGGGGCUUGUUCCGCCGUAGAACCAAACUUGUUUGCCGCAAGUGUGGCAAUCAUAUUGGAAAUGCUUAUGAAGAUAGAACUUCAGGCCACCCUAUUGCACUAGAUGGAUUGGAUUCAACCGCCGGUAAUGAAGGUUCCAGUUGUAGAAAAUACGAUAUUCGGAUCCGUGCCCUACAACCUUCAUCUGCCGAAAAACCCGGUACUCCAUUUUUUAUGUGAUCCAGUGCUGUCUUCAUCGUUAUUGUAAUUGCAUUAUCAACUAGGCUUC